CGGCCUCUGCUCUCGUGCCCGCCUGCCGCCGGAACGCGCGGCAUGCCGGUUGGCGCGGCGCGCGGUGCCAGAUUUUGCUCGGCCGAGCCGGCGCUGCUUCGGGUCAUCAGGGCAGCCCACCUUUCCGUCCCGCACCCUUCCCCGCUCCCUGCUCCAGUCUCCACCCAGCAUGGCCCGAGGCGCACGCGGCGGCAAGCGCCAGUCCGGCCCGCGAGUGCGCGAUGAUGGCGCCGCCACGCGCGCCCUCAGCCGCAAGGCGCGCCCCACCAGCGACCACCUCGCGCACUGGGAGACGGCCGCCGACAUUCCCGACGACGCCGAGGACCGCUUCCACAGCCAGCGCGACAAGAUCCUCCUCGACGGUACGGGCAGCGAUAGCGACGAUGAGGAGGACCAGGCCGCAGGCACCUUCAGCCGGGGCCGGCAGGUGCUGGGCAUCGACGUCGACGAUGAGCCAGAGGAGGAUGACGAGGAGAAGGAGGAGGACGAUGAGAGCGAGGACGAUGAGAUGGACUCUGCACCUGUGCCGCAGCGCUCCGCAGCGUCCAAGGCUGCUGCCGCGGCCGAGGCUCCCUCUGACGAUGAUGACGAGGAGGAGGACUCGGAUGCGAGCAUCGACCCAGAGGACGAGGUGGGCGGCUGGGGCCCGCACAAGCGUGCCUACUACAACGCCAACAACCUCGACGCCAUCGGCAGCGACGAGGAGAUGACCGAGGAGGAGCGGCGCGAGAUGGAGGUGCGCGAGGCACGCAAGCUGCAGGCUAAGCUGCGCCAGGAGAUGGACGACGAUGACUUCGGCCUCGCCGAGGCGGAGAUGGACCUGGCCAACGAGGGCACGCUCUCUGGCUCGGGCAAGGCUGCGCGCGAGCGGAGACGGGCGGAGCUGGACGGAGGUGUGGCGUCGGGCUCUAGCGCAGUGCAGGCUUCCUCUGAGCUGCCAAAGGCUCCGCUGGAGCGUGCAAAGCUGCUCGCACAGGUGCAGCGCACCACGCCAGAGACGAUUGCGCUGGCCGGCGACUUUGCGGAUGUGGUUGACGAGCUGAACGAGGUGACUGCGAGCCUCAAGCAGGCUGCGAUUGACACGCCGGGCCACGACCGAUUGGGCCUCAUGCACAUCCAUCAUCAAACGCUCGUGACCUACGUCACGACCCUCACCUUCUACUUCCACCUGCGCUCGCUGCCGGAGUACGUCUCCGACCCGACGCGCCUGUCGGAGCACCCAGUUGUGCAGCGCCUCGUGAAGCUCAAGUCCGGUCUCGCCACACUUGAGGAUCUCGGCUGCUCUGCGCUCGAGCCGGCCGGCGAGGCCGACGAGGAGGGCGAGCUGAACUCGGAGGAGGAGCGGUGGCUGCUCGGCGACCCGAACCGCCUCGGUGCCGACAGCGAUGGCGACAGCGAGAGCCUCGGCAGCCUGGAGUCGGACGAGCUGGACGGCCUGCUGGCAGACGAGAAGGAGAACGUGGCCAUCGCUCCCCGGCAACCAAAGAACAGCAAGGCCAGCUCCGCGACAGCAGCGCCUAAGCAGGGCAAGGAGAAGAAGGCCAAGAAGCAGCCAAAGGCACCGAAGCCCGUUGCACCGCUUGCAAGCCUUGCGAGCAUCGGCGACGACGACGCCAUGGGCAGCCUCUCGGCCAGCAGCUCCAAGCGCGCGAAGCGGUCGAAUGGCAAGGCGCAGUACUCGGACGAGCUCGCCGAGUCCUUCGGCGAGCCGACGGCGCUGGCCACGUCGGAUGCUGCUGACAAGGCGGCACGGCGCAAGAGCCUGCAGUUCUACACGGGCCAGAUCAGCGCCAAGGAGGCACGGCGCGGCGAUGCUGCGCGCAAGAGCCUCGGCGGCGACUCUGACAUCCCGUACCGGGAUCGCGAGCGCUCGCGCAUGGUUGUGGCGCAGACGGCUGCGAACCGUGCGGCCAAGGCCUCGAGCAGAGAGGCGGCAGACAUGGAGCUCGACGGCGAGGCCUUUGGCGAGGAGGACCUGCGCGACUGGCGCGACGUCAUGGGCCAGGACGUCGCCAAGGGCGCGUCGGCGGGCGACGGCGGCGCAGGGCAGGACGAGGAUGAGGACUACUACGACCUUGUCGCGAGCCGGCAGCGCCAGGCCAAGAAGGCCAAGAAGGACGAGUACGAGGCGGCGCGGGACGAAGAACGGUUCAUCGCCGACCCGACGCUCGACCCCGGCGCGCACCGCGGCAUCAACCGGCAGAUCGAGAAGAAUCGCGGCCUCACGCCGCGGCGGCCCAAGAGCGUGCGCAACCCGCGAGUCAAGAAGCGGCAGAAGUUCGACAAGGCGCAGAAGAAGCUCAGCAGCACGCGCGCGGUGUACAAGGGCGGCGCCGCGGCCCUCGAGGGCGGCUAUGGCGGCGAGAAGAGCGGCAUCUCCAACGUCGUCAAGAGCCGCAGCUUCGGCUAGGCGCUGCGCUGGGUCUCGUCGCGGUGUCUCGAUGUGUAUGCUUAUGCUGCGAUAUUAUACACGUGCCGGUACUCGAUCUGUCGCGCC